UCCAAUCCAUUUAGUCCCCAUCCAUUUAGUCCCCAUCCAUUAAGUCCCAUUAGUCCUCAUCCAUUUAGUCCCAUUAGUCCUCAUCCAUUUAGUCCCAUUAGUCCUCACCCAUUUAGUCCCAUUAGUCCUCAUCUAUUUAGUCCCAUUAGUCCUCAUCUAUUUAGUCCCAUUAGUCCUCACCCAUUUAGUCCCAUUAGUCCCCAUCCAUUUAGUCCCAUUAGUCCUCAUCCAUUUAGUCCCAUUAGUCCUCAUCCAUUUAGUCCCAUUAGUCCUCAUCCAUUUAGUUCCUAUCCAUUUAGUCCCAUUAGUCCCCAUCCAUUUAGUCCCCACCCAUUUAGUCCCAUUAGUCCUCAUCCAUUUAGUCCCCCUCCAUUUAGUCCCCCUCCAUUUAGUCCCCAUCCAUUUAGUCCCCAUCCAUUUAGUCCCCCUCCAUUUAGUCCUCAUCCAUUUAGUCCCCAUCCAUUAAGUCCCAUUAGUCCUCAUCCAUUUAGUCCUCAUCCAUUUAGUCCCCGUCCAUUUAGUCCCAUUAGUCCCCAUCCAUUCAGUCCACAUCCAUUUAGUCCCCAUCCAUUUAGUCCCCAUCCAUUUAGUCCCCCUCCAUUUAGUCCCCAUCCAUUUAGUCCCAUUAGUCCCCAUCCAUUUAGUCCCCAUCCAUUUAGUCCCCAUCCAUUUAGUCCCCCUCCAUUAAGUCCCCAUCCAUUUAGUCCCAUUAGUCCCCAUCCAUUAAGUCCCCAUCCAUUUAGUCCCCAUCCAUUUAGUCCCCAUCCAUUAAGUCCCCAUCCAUUUAGUCCCCAUCCAUUUAGUCCCAUUAGUCCCCAUCCAUUUAGUCCCAUUAGUCCCCAUCCAUUUAGUCCCCAUCCAUUUAGUCCCCAUCCAUUUAGUCCCCCUCCAUUAAGUCCCCAUCCAUUUAGUCCCAUUAGUCCCCAUCCAUUAAGUCCCCAUCCAUUUAGUCCCCAUCCAUUUAGUCCCCAUCCAUUAAGUCCCCAUCCAUUAAGUCCCCAUCCAUUUACUCCCAUUAGUCCCCAUCCAUUUAGUCCCCAUCCAUUUAGUCCCCAUCCAUUUAGUCCCCCUCCAUUAAGUCCCCAUCCAUUUAGUCCCAUUAGUCCCCAUCCAUUUAGUCCCCAUCCAUUUAGUCCCCAUCCAUUUAGUCCCCAUCCAUUUAGUCCCCAUCCAUUUAGUCCCAUUAGUCCCCAUCCAUUUAGUCCCCAUCCAUUUAGUCCCCAUCCAUUUAGUCCCCCUCCAUUAAGUCCCCAUCCAUUUAGUCCCAUUAGUCCCCAUCCAUUUAGUCCCCAUCCAUUUAGUCCCCAUCCAUUCAGUCCCCAUCCAUUUAGUCCCCAUCCAUUUAGUCCCCAUCCAUUUAGUCCCCCUCCAUUAAGUCCCCAUCCAUUUAGUCCCCAUCCAUUUAGUCCUCAUCCAUUUAGUCCCCCUCCAUUUAGUCCCCAUCUAUUUAGUCCCAUUAGUCCCCAUCCAUUUAGUCCCCAUCCAUUUAGUCCUCAUCCAUUUAGUCCCCCUCCAUGUAGUCCCCAUCUAUUUAGUCCCAUUGUACCCCAUCCAUUUAGUCCCCAUCCAUUUAGUCCCCAUACAUUUAGUCCCUAUCCAUUUAGUCCCCAUCCAUUUAGUCACCCUCCAUUUAGUCCCCAUCCAUUUAGUCCCAUUAGUCCCCAUCCAUUUAGUCCCCAUCCAUUUAGUCCCCCUCCAUUAAGUCCCCAUCCAUUUAGUCCCAUUAGUCCCCAUCCAUUUAGUCCCCAUCCAUUUAGUCCCCAUCCAUUUAGUCCCCCUCCAUUAAGUCCCCAUCCAUUUAGUCCCAUUAGUCCCCCUCCAUUUAGUCCCCAUCCAUUUAGUCCCCAUCCAUUCAGUCCCCAUCCAUUUAGUCCCCCUCCAUUAAGUCCCCAUCCAUUUAGUCCCAUUAGUCCUCAUCCAUUCAGUCCCCAUCCAUUUAGUCCCCAUCCAUUUAGUCCCCAUCCAUUUAGUCCCCCUCCAUUAAGUCCCCAUCCAUUUAGUCCCAUUAGUCCCCAUCCAUUUAGUCCCCAUCCAUUUAGUCCUCAUCCAUUUAGUCCCCCUCCAUUUAGUCCCCAUCUAUUUAGUCCCAUUAGUCCCCAUCCAUUUAGUCCCCAUCCAUUUAGUCCUCAUCCAUUUAGUCUUCAUCCAUUUAGUCCCCCUCCAUGUAGUCCCCAUCUAUUUAGUCCCAUUGUACCCCAUCCAUUUAGUCCCCAUCCAUUUAGUCCCCAUCCAUUUAGUCCCCCUCCAUUUAGUCCCUAUCCAUUUAGUCCCCAUCCAUUUAGUCCCCCUCCAUUUAGUCCCCCUCCAUUUAGUCCCCAUCCAUUUAGUCCCAUUAGUCCUCAUCCAUUUAGUCCUCAUCCAUUUAGUCCCCCUCCAUUUAGUCCCCAUCUAUUUAGUCCCAUUAGUCCCCAUCCAUUUAGUCCCCAUCUAUUUAGUCCCCAUCCAUUUAGUCCCCAUCCAUUCAGUCACCCUCCAUUUAGUCCCCCUCCAUUUAGUCCCCCUCCAUUUAGUCCCCCUACAUUUAGUCCCAUUAGUCCCCAUCCAUUUAGUCCCCAUCCAUUUAGUCCCAAUCAAUUAAAUCCUCGUUAUCUCCUCGCGGGACGAGCCGCCGAGGGUAAAUAA